CAGUCAGCUUUGGGAGGCUCUGCUUUAAACGUUAAACACGGUGGUAUACCGGACACACGGAAAAUCCCGGUAAGAUUUUUUUUCCCCUCUCCGUAAAAUACGGGCGAACGUCAUCGAACGCAAGUGUCAAGUUCAAGUUCGUUAAAAACGUUAAAUCUCAAGACAAGAGGAGAAAAACGUCUGACGAUCGACGACGACUCGUAAACUCGAUAGUAACGCGACGAGACAAGUUAUCGCUGUCGCGAAGUCGAUCCGGAGAAAGAGGGAUAGAAGGAAAGAGAGAAGGAAGAGAAGACAGAAAAGAGCCGGUCGAUCCGUGCCAGGAAGCACGAAUCCGAGAAUUACGUUCUACGAAUUCGCGCGCAUUCCUGUUUUUAUUAUUAACGUUAUUCCGAGACACGUGUCGAUCGAGGCACGUACUGUUUAUUUACGCGUGGGUGCCUCCAAUGCGAUCUACGGCGGCGGCGGCAUCGCAUAACGACGGUCGUAGUGGCAGUUUUAUUGUGUUCUGAAGAAAGUUUUUCCACCUCCCCCCUCUCUCCCUCCCGCUGACCGUCAACGCCGACACCGUUCGACCUGCGCUGCCAAACAUUUUUCGCGCCCGAGGGACGAGUGGCACAAGGAGGGAAGGAUAGGAAGGAAGGCGGACAACGGGCUCCAGAUACAAAGUGUGUUUUUGUGCGACAACCGAGGACCAUGUCGACCGCCGUCAUGAGUAAUACUUCCAUGUUCGAGUGCGGCGAGCAUCUCUUUAAGAAUGCAGCCUCGACUAAGACGAAGGAUCCUUCGUCAUCUCCAACGACGACGAGCACCACGAAUGGCGGUACCGCCGGCGGUAACAACGUCGGCAAUGGACACGCGCCUCUGAAACGCAGCUACACCUCCUUGAUGACCACGUUAAUCGAACAACACCGAAAACUGGACCGUAGCGUGAGCGAACCGACAUCGCGCUACAAGACAGAGCUCUGCCGGCCGUAUGAGGAGAGUGGCUCGUGUAAGUACGGCGAUAAAUGCCAGUUUGCGCAUGGAUAUGGCGAAUUGCGCAACCUGGCACGUCAUCCAAAGUACAAGACCGAGUUGUGCCGCACUUUCCACACGAUUGGCUUUUGCCCGUAUGGACCGCGCUGUCACUUUAUCCACAAUUUCGAGGAAGCUCGUAUACACAAUCAGAAAGUGAGCGCCCAGCUGGGCUCAACGCAGCCCAACAUAGUGGGCUUAAAUCCGUUGAUGAGUGCGGCUGCAGCUGCGGUAGCAUCCGCGACCGGCAACGGUACCGCCGCGAACAACAAUGCCACUGCCAAUAAUGUCAGCGUCAACGUCAGCUUACUCGAGCAACUCGCCGCGUCGUCGCACGUGGCCGCGGCCGCGGCGGCCGCUGCCACUACGUCAAACCUCAUGCGAACGAAUUCAUUGAGUCUCGGUAGUACUGCUGCCACUAGCGCGAAUGGCUUCAAUCAGCCACCGUUGCUGCGAACGUCAUCGCUGAGCCUGGCCACGAAUCAUCAUCACGCGGUACAUCUUCGUCCAGUGAACGCCGUUAAUACGGUGAUGACAAAACCGAAACCGCUCAAUCUUAGCCCGACGUUCUCGCUCGGCAGCUCCGCCGAUUCAGUCUCGCCGUCAUCUAGCCUCAGUCAGUCACCGACGAACUCCAUGGCGAGCUUCUUCAGUGAUGACUGCAGCCAGCAGACGCUUUCAUGCGGGAAUAUUCAGACGACACCGUUCAGUUAUAGUCAAGACUUCAGUCUGCUCGCCUGCUCGAGACAGAGCCCGAGCCCACGCAAUAAUGGUGUAUGCAGUCCCCUCGCGUCCGAUGAGGUAACACCCAGAACUCCCUCCCCGUUGUCACCUAACACGGAAUCCAGGUUGCCGGUCUUUAAUAGGAUCAGCAGCACCCUGGGCGACUUCGAUAACCUCAAGAUCUAGAGCGGUCGCCGCGCGAACCGUAAAGAAGAGAGACGCGAAUUCUCGACGAGUCUCGCUCGGAAUAAAAAAGAAGUUUUCACGUGAAUUGACUCGAGAUUUGGGCGAUAGCUUCUCUACAGUGGAUUCUGUCCAUGAUGGAAUUAACGUCUUUUUUUUCUUUUUUACGCAGAUAGAAGUUUGCGUGAUGUGGUUUUCCCUUAUCCGUCAUCGGCCGUAUUCCUGAGAAGCAUUUUAGGCACACGUCAGGUUUCAUUACCCUUUAACUAGCAUCUUUUCCUCUUCUUUUUUAUAUAUUAUUA